GACGUGGAUAAGGUGAGAAAGAAAUUUCAAAGGGUCAGAAAAAAGGAAACAAACACAAACCAAAGGACCGAAAGUAAUGACGCUGAGCCACAACACCACGCGCCUUAUCUCACGCGCAUACAAGCAAAGACGAAAACAAAGAGAUCUCUUCUCGUCGCUCUCUCUCUCUCUCUUUCGUACCAUUCAUUCAUUCAUUCAUUCAUUAUUGAGAGACUACUGAUCUCUCUCUCUCUGCAUGCAUCUUUCUCUCUAUUAAUCUCUCCAGUAUUUGUCAGGAUUUGGACAAAUCUUUUUCACAUCUCUUUGCAAAUUCUUGAGAAUUCAUUCAAGUUACAUAAAAAGCUGAGAGCAAUGAAGGUCGAUCUCUCUCUCUCUCUCUCUUUCUUUACACGUAUGCAAGAUUUGAUUCCUCGGAUUAGAGAAUUUCUAUAAGAAAAAAUAGAUUUUGAUUCUUGAAUCCGAAAGUAAAAAGCCUUUUUCUGUGUUUAUUCGUUAUUAAUGAACCUCUCUGAAUUUAUUCCUUUUUGCAUUACUUCAUGUGCGAGUGUUUAUUACAUGUGAUUUGCUUCUUUUGGAGUUUUUUCUUCUUAAAGAAUCUCACUUUUUAACUUAUUCUGAUCCUAAUUGCAACGAAACUCUUCUUUUUAUUUUUAAUGAUUUUUUUGUGUGUGGCUGAAAUACCGUUUUAAGGUUACCAGUGAAUUAUUAACAAAAUCAAAUCAAGAAUCAUAAAUUGAAUGAUGAGUAUGCCUCUGCUUUUGCAAAACUCUGUUUCUCUACUAUAUAUGUUCACACAAAUACACAUGCACGUCACUCUGUGUGUGGUAUGUACACAUAUCAUUAACUUUUUGGUAUCUUCUUUAAAAUCUGCAAAUCUCUGUUUUUCUUGCUCCUCUUCCGGAUAGAAAAAAACUCAAAAAUCAAAGAUUAUGUCAUCUUGGUGUUCACAUCUCUUGAUGAUUCUAACUUGUUGAUCUUUUGUAAUAAUUUUGCAGAAAAUUGUGUUAAAGCUGGAUUUGCAUGACGAUAGGGCAAAACAAAAGGCCCUUAAAACGGUUUCUACUCUCCCAGGAAUCGAUUCCAUUGCAAUGGACAUGAAGGAGAAGAAAUUGACGGUUAUUGGAACCGUGGAUCCGGUAAAUGUAGUAAGUAAGCUAAGAAAGUAUUGGCCGAUGACGGAUAUCGUACUAGUGGGACCUGCGAAAGAGCCGGAAAAGGAGAAGAAGGAGGAGCCGAAGAAGGAAGGUGGUGGCGAGCCGCCAAAGAAAGAAGGAGAAGCUCCAAAAGAAGAAGGGAAAAAGGAAGGAGAAGCACCGAAGAAGGAAGAAGAGAAGAAAGAAGGUGGCGAUAAGAAGGAAGGAGAGAAGAAAGAUCAACCACAAGCGCAGCCGCAACCAGUUGUGCCGCCACCUGAUCAUGUGUUGGAACUUGUAAAGGCGUAUAAAGCAUAUAAUCCUCACCUAACAACGUAUUACUACGCCCAAAGCAUCGAAGAAAACCCUAAUGCUUGCGUUAUAUGUUGAAAUAUUUAUAAUGUGAUAUAUUUUGGGGAAAAGAUGGACCGAUCUAUAUAUAGUCAUGAGGAUGAAGAAUAAGAAACAAAGGAUAUAUCUUAGACUUCGGAUGGGAUCGGAUAUGUUUUUGUCUCCUCGAUAAUGCGGGGAAGUUUUAUUUCCUUAAAUCGAUUUCGAUGAUAUGUUUUGUGUAUAUAUCGUCGAUAGUACUAGAAUUUUAUUUUUUCACUUUGAAGGUAACUUUCUGUAAAUAAUGGUGUUAUAUAUAUGCGUUGGUCGUGUAACUUUUUAAAGCUUGAUACUUCUUCGGAAGCCAAUGGAAUGGCGAAAUUGCAAAAUAGUUUUGCGAACAAUAGUUCUGCAAUGUUUUUAUUCGAUUUUGCUAUUUCAUAA